AUGAAGUCCUCGCUCCUCUUUGCCACCGGCACGGCUGCCGUCGCCAUCUCCAAGCCCUACCUGUCCCUUAUGGCGGGCUCUUGGAUCCACAACAAUAACGAGGCCAGCAGACCCUUGUGGGCUGCGAGGCCGCCAUCGAGCUCACUGGCCAUGAGACGCUCCUUGAGUGGUACCGUAGCCAGAUCGACGAUGUUUUUCGUCCUAGAGGAGGGCAGCCUUCUCGGCUUCAACGAGUCGCAUUGCUCUCUCGACGACUACCGCAUCGGCCCACAAUGUUCUGUAUUGGUACGAGCGCACCGGCGAGGAGAAAUACAAGAAGGCCGCUACCGUCAUUCGUGCCAUGCUCGACCGUCCCCCGCGUACCCGACGGGCGGCUUCUGGCGCCGCUCUCCCAUCUACGAGAAUCAGAUGUGGCUCGACGGCAUCUACAUGGCCGACACCUUCUACGCCAAGUACACUGCUAACAUUCACGAGCAAUAUGACACAACCGGCCAUUGCACAAUACCAAACAUGGAACAGCACAGCGGUAUUUCAGGAAUGCGAUCAUUGAAGAAGAAACCCCAUGACUCCGUGGAAGAGUGCCACACCAGUCUCGACGCACAAAGCUGGUUACAAGCGAGGGUCACGAUGAGGAUGCCUGAAGAAGAGAACGUCCUUUCCUGAUUAUUUGCGGCUGUAGUGUGAGAAAAUUGACUGUUGCUGCUUAGAGGACGAAGACGGCGGCAGCGAAGGCCAUGACGCCAAUGCUGGCAAUGGCCUUGUCGGCUCCAGCCACGACGACGUGAGAGUACUCCGGCUCAGGCACGGGCUGGAUAGCUUCGCAGUCGUCGCAAGGAGGCUCGGGCACGGGCUCGGGCACGGGCACGGGGUGGACAGGCUCGCAGUCGUCGCAAGGAGGCUCGGGCACGGGCUCGGGCACAGGCACGGGCUGAACAGGC